GUAUUAGUUAUUCCAUCUUCUAACCUGCAUAAAGUAACACAUACAUGUUUUAGUUAAGUGAGAUUGCAAAAUGAUAACCAAACACCGUAUUUGGGGUGCUGAAAUUUAUAUAAAGCAACUAAAAAGCUACAAACAUGGUAUAAUUAUGCUAGUUUUAAUACAUGAAUUAUUAAACGUCACCACUGUAAAACUGCCGUGAGCAAAUCUGUUUGCGGUGGCAGAGCUAUAAAUAUGGAGCGAGAAGUGAUAGAAGCUGAAUUAGGACUUCCAACUCACAUGAAAUUCAAGAAGAUUCAGAUGUAUGAUAAGUACCCUAAAGGACAAGCUAGAGGUAGGCACCGGAAACACCUCAAGCAGAUUAUUCAACCCGAAAAUUACGAAAGUUAUCCUCCUGACCUAUCUACUUAUGUUAACAUUGAGACGCCACCUUCUAUGCAUCCAGGCAAAAAGAUAUGCGACAUAACAGGAUUUGAGGCACCAUAUUUUGACCCAAGAACUAAACUCCGUUAUGCUAAUACGGAGGUUUUCAAGGUAAUAAGGUCGCUCCCUAAUGACUAUGUCCAGAGAUACUUGGCUCUCAGAAAUGCAGCAGUUGUUUUGAAAUAGGUGCAGAACGCUGAAUAGAUAUCUGUAAAUUUAUGUGGAAAGUAGAGGACAUUUGAAGUUGUAGUUUGCAUAACUGUACUUUGACUUGUACUAAGAGAAGAAAUCAUAGCCUAGUUUUGUUAGAUCUCUUAAAACUGCUCUGAAAUUUGCUACUGAUGAAUUGGCUCUUUGAUCUCUGGAAACUCUUCUGCUUGCCUAAACCGUUCAUUUUU